UUAUUUUAAUAAAAUUAAAAAGUAAUAAAAAUUUAUUUAUCUUUAUAAAUUAUAUUUGUCGUUAAUAUAAAAACAGAGUAUAUAUUAUUAUGUCGUAUAAUAAUGAAUAUGAAAGUUUUCGGAGUUCUAUACCAUUAAAAAAAAUAAUUGUUGACAGUGAUGGAAUAAAGGGUUGGAAAAUAUACGAUUCAGGUCCUAAAAAUAUUAAAUCACCACUAAUAUGUUUACCACCUGUCAGCGGAACGGCAGAUAUUUUUUUUAAACAAAUUUUAAGUUUAUCAGCAAAGGGUUAUCGUGUAAUAUCGGCUGAAUCUCCAGUGUACUGGAGUAUUAAUGAUUGGUGCUGUGGAUUUAAAAAACUAUUAGAUUAUUUAGAAUUGAACAAAGUUCAUAUUUUCGGUGCCUCUUUGGGUGGAUUUUUAGCACAAAAAUUUGCCGAAAUAAAUUCUCACUGUCCAAGAGUGGCUUCCUUGAUUUUGUGUAAUACAUUUAUAGAUACAUCAAUAUUCAACUAUCACGAUUCAGCUUCAUUAUUUUGGAUUUUGCCAUCUUUAAUUUUGAAAAAAAUGGUUAUGGGAAAUUAUUCAACAGAAAAUGUAUCGAUCGAUGAUGAAAUGAUUGAAGCUAUUGACUUUAUGGUUGAGCGAUUAGAGAGUUUAAGUCAAUCAGAAUUAGCAUCACGAUUGACAAUAAAUUGUGUUAAUUCCUAUGUUGAACCUCAUAAAAUGGGUGAUUUAUCUGUAACAUUAAUUGAUGUUUUUGACGAUUAUGCAUUGUCACCUGUUGUUAGAGAAGAAAUGUAUAAAUGCUAUCCAAAUGCUAAAUUAGCACAUUUAAAAAAUGGUGGUAAUUUUCCAUACUUGAGUCGCUCAGCUGAAGUUAAUUUACAUUUACAGAUUCAUUUACGUCAAUUUGAAGGAACAGAAUUUUCAUCGCGACACUUUUAAUAUAAUUAUUAAUAAAUUAUUAUACGAAUAAUUAUUGUUAAAUUAUAGUUAUUUUUGUAUGUCUAUCAAUUUUUAUUAAUAAAAUAUAUAUAUAUAUAUAUAUUUUUUUUUUUCCAUGCAUUGGUAUAAAAACGAGUUCUAUUUAAUUUAAAUGAUUUUAAUGUUAAAUAUU